AUCAAAUAAAAGGACAUGACUGUGAACGAGUACAGAGAGACGGCGUGCGCGACGGCCACCAGCGGAGGACCCAUGGAGGAAACGGCCGGGGAGAACCUGCUGCAGGGAACGCCGCCGCCGCAGGACAACAGCGAGAAUCUUCUCGGACGAGUUUUGGCAGAAUUCGAUGGAACCACAGUGCUGUGCCGUGUCUGCGGCGAUAAAGCAUCAGGAUUUCAUUACGGCGUUCAUUCGUGCGAAGGAUGCAAGGGCUUCUUCAGACGCAGCAUCCAGCAGAAGAUUCAGUACCGUCCGUGCACCAAGAAUCAGCAGUGCGCGAUCCUGCGCAUCAACAGGAACCGUUGCCAAUAUUGCAGGCUGAAGAAGUGCAUCGCCGUUGGAAUGAGCAGAGAUGCCGUGAGAUUCGGAAGGGUGCCGAAGAGGGAGAAGGCUCGCAUCUUGGCAGCGAUGCAACAAAGUUCCAACUCCAGAUCUCUCGAGAAGGCCAUCUCCGCGGAGUUGGAGGAUGAUCAGAGGUUGCUCUCGACGAUCAUCAGGGCGCACAUCGACACCUGCGAUUACACCAGGGAUAAAGUCGAACCGAUGCUCACUCGUGCCCGUGAGCAGCCCUCCUACACAGCCUGUCCGCCGACUCUGGCGUGUCCUUUGAAUCCAAACCCGCAACCGUUGACCGGUCAGCAGGAGCUGCUGCAGGACUUCUCGAAGCGCUUCUCACCUGCGAUCCGAGGUGUCGUCGAGUUCGCGAAGAGGAUUCCCGGUUUCUCGCUGCUCGCCCAGGACGAUCAGGUGACGCUCCUGAAGGCCGGUGUUUUUGAAGUGCUGCUCGUCCGUCUGGCGUGCAUGUUCGACUCGCAGACGGCGAGCAUGAUCUGUUUGAAUGGACAAGUGUUGAAACGUGACUCGAUCCACAACAGUUCGAACGCGCGCUUCCUCAUGGACUCGAUGUUCGAUUUCGCGGAGCGAAUGAACGCGCUGUGUUUGUCCGACGCCGAGGUCGGCCUCUUCUGCUCGGUGGUCGUCAUCGCCGCCGAUAGACCGGGACUGAGGAACACCGAGCUCAUCGAGAAGAUGCACGGGAAGCUGAAGCACGCCCUGCAGAUGGUCGUCGCGCAGAAUCAUCCCGGACAACCGGACAUCGUGCACGAGCUGAUGAAGAAGGUGCCGGAUCUGCGCACGCUGAACACGUUGCACUCUGAGAAGCUGUUGGCGUUCAAGAUGACCGAGCAACAGCAGAUGAUGCAGCAACAGCAACAGCAGCAACAGUCGUGGAGUUCGCCCGGGGAAGAGGAGAGCAGCAGCAAGAGUCCGGCCGCUUCGUCGUGGUCAUCAUCAUCAGAUGUCACGAUGGACGAGGCGAAGAGUCCGCUUGGAUCGGUCUCGAGCACGGAAUCGAUGUGCUCCGGUGAGAUGACAGCGAUGAGCGAUUACCACCAUCAUCAUCAUCAUCAUCAUCACCUUCAUCACAACGUCAGCCCGAACGUGAACAACGCUCCGCUUCUUGCGGCCACUCUGCAAGGAGGCAUGUGCCCGCACAGACACAGGGCCAACUCCGGCUCGACGUCGUCCGGUGACGAUGAGCUCGCCGCGACCUCGCAUCUCAUCCACAACGGUCUCACGAUCACCCCGGUGUCGAGGCCGACGAACUCUCAUCCGCGCUUCAGGAAGCUGGACUCGCCGAGCGAUUCCGGCAUCGAGUCCGGCACGGAGAAGAUCGACAAAGUCAGUGCGCCGACGUCUCUGUGCUCGAGCCCGCGCUCCUCCGUCGAGGAUCACCACAUCGUCGAAGAUAUGCCGGUGCUGAAGCGCGUUCUGCAAGCGCCUCCGCUGUACGACACCAACUCUCUGAUGGACGAGGCCUACAAACCGCAUAAGAAGUUCCGCGCCCUCCGCAACAACAAGGAUUCGGCGGAAGCGGAACCGAUGAUCGUGCUGUCGCCGCAGCCGCAGCAGCAGCAACAAUCUCAGCUGCACAUGCAACUGACGGCGCCGCCACAGUCGACGCUGUCGAGCACGCAUUCGACGCUCGCCAAAUCGCUGAUGGAGGGUCCCAGGAUGACGGCGGAGCAGAUGAAACGCACCGACAUCAUCCACAACUACAUCAUGAGGAACGAGAGUUCGCCGCACGUCUCCGCAGCCCCAACGGCGUGUCCCUACAAGAGCAGUCACCAUGCAGCAGCAGCAGGAAGUCUUCUGCAGCCCGCUUGGGCGACCAGCGUCAUCACCACCACCUCCCGCCAAUCGCAUCUCCUGAGCACGAGUCACACGCCGCCUCCGCCGCAGCCGGACUUCUCACGGAUAUACCUGCAGUCGCCGCACUCCACGUCUCCGGCCAGAUCACCCGCCACCUCCCCGACGUCCACACUUCUCACGACGACGACGACAUCGUCGUUACCGAAGCUGAUGGAACUGCAGGUCGACAUCGCCGACUCGCAGCAGCCGUUGAACCUCUCCAAAAAGUCACCGUCACCGUCCCCGCGCCCCCUAAAAGUGGUCACAUUAGAAGUGUAAAUACAUAUAUAUAUAUAACAAAACAAAACAACAAAAAAAAACAACAACAACAAACAAACAAAAACGAGUACAAAGUAAAAGGUGGAAGAUGCACGAAAAAACGGACAUUCGACGAAGAGCAUCAACUUCGUCAAAGUUUUCGCAACCUCCGACCUUCCCCCUCAAACCCCCACAAAAAAUCGGAUUAUUUUUUUUUUUUUUGCAAGUGAUCAGUGCUACAAAAACAAAACAAAAA